UUAUUUUAUAAAUACCGAAUUGUUUGCACACGCCAAUGAAAUAGCCAAUACUUUUAAGCAUAGCUGUAGUGCCGUGUUGUGAAGAUGACGGACAGAACAGGGUCGUUGCAUGCCAGAGCUGUUCUUCAACAGUGCCUCCAUGCCAGACUUCAAGUAAAACCUCCAGAUGGAGAAAGUGACGCCGAAUGGGUUGAGAUUAACAGAGGAAUGGUAAUUUACAUCUGCUUUUUCAAAGGUGCAACUGAAGAUAUUAUUCCCAAAAUAGUGAGCUCUCUGCUCAAUUUGAAGCUUUGUGAAAUGGACUCUGGGAAGUACACAUCUGUCCUGGAUCUACCAGGUAAUGUUCUCAUUGUGCCUCAGGCUACACUGGGAGGCAAAGCAAAGGGAAAAGGGAUGCAAUACCAUGGCAACAUUGCGAAAGAAGAAGGCCAGCAGCUCUAUGCGAGCUUUGUGUCUCAGUGUGAAAAAGAACUGUCUUUGUCAAGCAAGUGCAGCGAAGCAGGAACGCAAGUCAAACAUGGAACCUAUGGAAACAGACAAGUUCUGAAACUAGACACAAAUGGACCAUAUACUCAUUUGAUGGAGUUUUGAGCAAACAGGCUUUCAAGAGGUUGUUUAGUUAGUUUAAAUAAACUGUUAUUAUGAACUGUUAAAUGUGUGGCUAUAUGAUCGCUGCUAUUGCUAUGAUGUCA